CAUCUCCCAUCUCCCCCUCCUCUCGCCGUCUUCCGCUCGUCCUCUCUGGCUCUCUCUUGGGCCGCUCCCCAAGUCGCCAUGAUGCAGCCGCCCCCGCCGCCGCAGCCCGGCAUGGCGCCGCCCCCGCCCCCGCAGGCCGCGGGCGGGCAGCCGCCGCAGUGGGGCGGGAUCCCGCCGCCGAUGCCGCCGCAGUACGCCCCGCCGCCGCAGCAGGCGCCGCCGGCGAUGUGGGGCCAGCCGCCACCGCAGGCGCACUACGGGCAGGCGCCGGCUCCGCAGCCGUACUACGCUUCGCCGCCGGCGCCGGCCGCCCCCGCGGCUGCGGACGAGGCGAGGACGCUCUGGAUCGGGGACCUGCAGUACUGGAUGGACGAGAACUACAUUUACACCUGCUUCGCGAACACCGGAGAGGUUCAAUCUGUGAAGCUUAUCCGUGACAAGUCUUCAGGACAGCUUCAGGGUUAUGGUUUUGUUGAGUUUACAAGCCAUGCAGCUGCUGAGAGAGUUCUUCAAACAUACAAUGGACAAAUGAUGCCAAAUGUUGAGUUGACUUAUCGGCUGAACUGGGCCAGUGCUGGUGAAAAGCGCGAUGAUACCCCGGACUAUACUAUUUUCGUUGGAGAUUUGGCUGCAGAUGUUACGGACUACUUAUUACAAGAGACAUUCAGGGUCCAUUAUCCUUCAGUGAAGGGUGCAAAAGUUGUAACUGACAAAUUGACAAUGCGUUCAAAGGGUUAUGGAUUUGUGAAAUUUGGUGAUCCUACAGAGCAAGCUCGUGCAAUGACUGAAAUGAAUGGAAUGCUUUGUUCUUCCAGGCCUAUGCGUAUUGGUCCUGCAGCAAGUAGAAAAACAACAGGAGUUCAAGAGAGAGUACCAAAUGCUCAAGGAGCUCAGUCUGAGAAUGAUCCUAACAAUACCACUAUCUUUGUUGGCGGCCUUGAUCCCAACGUCACUGAAGAUGUCCUGAGACAAGUUUUUGCUCCUUAUGGAGAAGUGGUCCAUGUUAAGAUCCCUGUCGGGAAGAGAUGUGGCUUUGUCCAGUUUGUUACCAGACCUUCUGCCGAGCAAGCACUGCUAAUGCUGCAAGGGACCUUGAUUGGUGGGCAGAAUGUUCGGCUUUCAUGGGGUCGAAGCCUUUCAAACAAGCAGACUCAGCCUCAGCAGGAACCCAACCAAUGGGGUGCUAGUGCUGGUGGUUAUUAUGGUGGCUAUGGACAAGGUUACGAGGCUUAUGGCGGUGGGUAUGCGCAACCUCAGGAUCCUAACAUGUAUGGUUAUGCUGGUUAUCCCAAUUACCAACAGCAACCAGUUGCACAGCAGCCACAGCAACAACAGUGAAGCCUGUUUGCUCGGGCACACCAUUGGGUUGUCGAGACGCAUUAAAGUUAUUUUGAGGUGCGGUUAUAUUGCAUUCUAGCUCUUGUCAAUAGAGAGAUGGUUUCGAAAGGCUCCUGAUUUUGAUUGCCUCAGGGCAAGGCAUCUAUUAUGCACCGUGUUAUGGGCUUAUGGCUAUGAACAGGUGGUGCCCUACUGUGAUUGCUAUAUUCAGACAUUUCUGAAGACAUGCUCUCUUUCCAUGCUUCUCUCCUAUCUAGUGUUAUUUAUGUUUACCGGUUAUUGCUAUCUACUGUUAUGUUUUAUAUAUACUGUACCAUUUGCUUCC